GAGCGCAACGCGUGUGGGCCAAUGGCAAUGCGAAUCCGUGCUACAGCAGGAGGUCAUCGUGAGGGAGGAUCAGAAGAAGUAAAGAUGUCUUUCUUGGAUUUGAUGAUUGAUCGUCGUUCAUGUUGUUCCUGAGUUUCUAGUAACAAGUAGCCUUUCAUCAUCUAUAAGUAAUUGACCUCUGCGGGUGCCAGUCUCGGCCGGUGCUGCACCAUCGUGCUCAAAGAUAAUAAAGCUGAGUACAAAUAGCAAACCGAAGCCAAGCACUACCACUAGACGUAAGAGUAAAGAAAGGCAACUCAACAUGCGACCCAACGUGAAGGCGGGCGCAAUGCUCGCGUCGGGGCUCUCCCUCAUGGCUGGGUGGCUUGCAGCCCCCUACAUCGUCUUCGCCCUUGUCCAAGAGCAGAAUCUGCGGGGCACGAGCGGUGCAGCUGCGCGUACCCCCAGCGUUGUGGCCGGAAAGGAGAUUACCGAGAAGGACUUGGCGGGGCUCAAGACGAUUUAUGAGCUGAGAGUGGGUAUACCAUCUCCAUCUUCAUCUGGCUUUCGGUUUUGCUGGCCAUGGUGCAGUCACAAAAACACUUAUUCCCACAGUCUAAGUUUCUGUUUCUCGUGCUGGUGCAUGCGGCAUAUCUUGACGUGAUGAAGUAGAAAAAAUGGAAAGUCCAAUGAAAAACCUUUAUUUAUGUUGCUUCAGCAGUAGCAGGGUCUGUCAAACAAUAGUUUAUAAGCUCAUUUUCCAGAUCUGCAAGGAGGCGGUUUCAGCAUGGCAGAGGUCGACGUGAUGCAGGGCAUCGUAAACCGCAACGGAGGCCAGUUGUGGCCGGCGGUCCAGGCCUACAACUCCGGGGCGGUGCACGCCUUUCUCCAACUCGACAAAAACAACGACCGCAAGGUCGAUGCCAAGGAGUGCCCGGUCUUGGGACACGCGCUGCCGGAAUCGGCCACGACCGGGACGGCGGGACCGAACCUGGACCUCAUGGACCUCGCGAGCGUGUGCGCCGAGAGCGGGGCGAGCGGGUUUCUCGAGGUCAGCGUGACGUCGUCGGGUUCGACCCUGGCGCCCGCUGCCGACACAGUGGACGGUGAUAACUCGCUACUGGAGAAGAGUUACCAGUCGUGGUGGGAGGGAGUGAGGUCGUCGUGGCCUCGUCCGUGGGCCGAAAAUCCGAAUCCUCGUCCGCGGGCGAAACCCGAGUUGUUACCCGAUGCUCCGGAGUUACCCGAUGCUCCGGACGAAAUCGAACCUGCAUACGAUCAUGUCGAAGUAUGUUUGAAUUGAAUAUAUGGCUGGGCAGUUAGUAGAGUUAGUACCAGUAUGUUUUAUGUAGUAAGGUUUGAAUGCAUAACCAUAAGCCAUGCAACAGCUGAUCGGGACUGAAAAAAAAACUACCUAUUGAUAUUCUUUCAAGGUGAUUGAUACAUCCAAUGGCAAUGGCAUCGUAUUGCCAGGGAACCGAGGGGUAAGAUUCCGCAUUCCCGCGAAGCAUGAGGCGCGAAGCACAGAAAAAAUUCGGCGAAAGAGAAGAAGCACAAGAGAGGCGGCAACGAGAAUCUGAAUCACGAGGCUCUUUAUCACGUCUUGACUCCAAAGCCUUAGACGAGGAGGACGUGCCCGACUGGAGGAAGGAACACGUAUUGGCGUUCCUCUGGUUUCUGUUUGAAUGUGGAACCAACCCAAUUGCAUCGGCAUCGUGCCAACUAAUAACGCAGAACCCUCACAGAUGCAAUUCAUCGUACUAGAAGAAGUGCCGUUGUAUUUACAAAACGAAAAUAUUUGAUGAGAGCAACGUCAACGCAAACACGAUGAAAAACGAUGAAGAAAGAAAAAGGCUGAUUUCUUUUUCAGGAAUUGGUGGAAUCCGAUGAUGAAUCCAUUGCUCCGUCUACGUCCUCUUCGUGGCUUCCGUUCUCUUGCUGCUAUGGGGGCCCUCCAUGGUCGGCUGUUCGGGGUUCGGACGGGCUGUCUUCGAGCUUUGUCGUCCGCGACAACGGAGAGACGGGCUUUGCGCAGGAUUCGCUGCAUGCGGCCGGCACCGCCAAAAACGAAGGACACGACACGGAGGCGCAUGGGCGCGGCGAAGUUUGAAAAUCUGUGCACUGAACUCAAUCAGCAUUCCUCUGAGCGAAUUAAGUAAGUAACUACUUCUGCUCUUUCUCUAUGCCAAUGAAUUACAUUGCGUCUCGCGUGCGUCUAUCACCAGUGUCAGUGGCACUUCGUAAUUUGGCAGACGUAUGACUGUAAGAAGAAACGCUUAGUGUUAGUGCCUGAAAAUGAAAAUUUGGGAAGUUUGACAGACAGAUUUAAUGUAUAAUUAUAAUUUAGACCAUUCAUCAUCAUCACAUCAACCUGUCGCCAGCGAAAGCAUCUUCUACACCACUACUGAUUUUAUAGUUGCGAAUGUCAAGCAUAGUUCUUGCGUUCGUGAAAGUCAGCAAGAGUAUUUUUUUAUGUAAAAACAAAGAACGUCAAGAAUGAAAUUGUAGCAACAUGAUCAAGUUCAAGGCAUCUUUCUCGACGGCUCUGCUCUCCCCAGUAGAAGAGCA